AGAUGGGGCCCAAGUCCUCUUUUCCACCUCCUCUUCUCUUGUUCCUGUCUUCUUUCCUACUCUUCUCCUCGGCCGCCCAGGCCUUUAAUAUCACCAGGCUCCUGGGCCAGUUCCCUGAUUUGUCCACCUUCAAUAGCUAUCUAUCUCAGACCAACAUCAGCAUCGGGAUUAAUAGAAGACAGACCAUUACCGUCCUCGCCGUUGAGAAUGGUGCCAUUGCUCCAAUCUCCGGCAAAUCGAUGGAUGAUAUUAAGAACAUCCUGCGCCUGCACGUGAUUCUUGAUUACUAUGAUGUUGCCAAGCUCCAUAAGUUGUCCAACAAGACAGCUCUUCUAACCACUCUGUUCCAGGCCACCGGUCAGGCUAAUGGGCAACAAGGGUUCUUGAAUGUAACAGAACUGAGCAGUGGACAGGUUGUUUUCGGGUCUGCAGUAGCAGGGUCAGGUCUCCAAGCCAAGCUGGUUAAGACCGUUGCUUCUCAGCCUUUUAACAUUUCCGUGCUUCAGAUCAGCACCCCUAUACUAGCCCCUGGUAUUGGAGGGGUGGUGGCCGUCCCAGUUUCUCCACCACCUUCUGGAUCGCCUGCUGCUGCGCCAAAGGCAGCUGAAGGUCCAGGGGCGUCCAAAACCACCCCACCUCCUGCCAAGGCUCCAUCAGCAGAAGCUCCUGCACCAUCUGGUGACUCUGCUGAAGCCCCAUCUUUUGCUGAUGUGCCGGCAGCUGAUGGCCCAGGGGCUGAUGCGCCAGCUGGUGAUGCUCCCCUCAGCUCUCCACCUAUGCCUGCAGCUGAUGGACCCGUGGCUGAUGGAUCACAUGCAGAUGCACCCAGUGCCGAUCGAACUUCAGGCACCACUCAAGUAGCUAUUGGCACAUGCCUUGCUGUUGUAAUGCCAUUCGUGUCGGUCUUGUUAGAUCUCUAGGAUUUGAAUGGGAAGUAAAGGAGGAUAGGUGGGGAAAAAGAAUGGUUUUCAUGUAAAAAACAGAAAGAGGUCACACAGGUAUCGGAAUUGGACAAGAAAUUUUAGAAUGUACACAUUUUGAUACGAGCAGCAUUUUCCCAUUAUAAAGAAACUACCAUUAACUCAA